AUGUCCAGGUAUGUGCCCGUACACAAAAAAGCAUUUGGGUCAUUUAUGACGCGCCAACUGCAUGUCACAACACCCUCUGCAAAAAAGGCAACUACAAAGUACGCACGGCUGAUGCAAGCGAAUCAGCGUAGAGCCGUUGCAACGGCACAACGCACGACGGCGAGCCACGCUGAGGCGGACCAUCCCAAGGUGGGAAAAAAGGCACCAACUCGGCGUACAAGAACCAAGAUCAAAGGUGCGUUACGCGCAAAGAAAAGCACCGAAGAGCCAGCGCCCAAAAAAAUAGCGGAGCCGAGCACCCCGCCUCCCAAGCCGGCCCCCGCGCUCAAAUCGCACAAACGCCUGCCAAAAUCUACCACAUUACUGUAUGGGGAGGAAGCACAGAAAGCCCGAAUGGUGCGCCUGGAACAGUCGCACGACAGCGAUGCAAAAGCAGGCCGACUUUCGCCGAACGACGUUCUAAUUGAGACGGUCGAGCCACUGCGCGAGAUGCAAAUAGCUUCGUUGGCACACGGACUGGACCGCGUUCUGUUCAACACAGGCAUCCAUUGGUUACGAGACAAAAACUCUGGUAUAUACAAUUUUGACCCGCGCAUCCGGAACGUGCUGGACGUCGACCUCUUUGACUAUGGCGCACUUCCACCCUACCUCACCUCGAGCCGUGAUCCCGAGCUUUUAAAAAUCACGGAGAAAGAGAAGAAAAAGUAUUGCGGGAGUACGAGCAGCAUGACAGGCUUGCUAAGCCACUGCUAUUACCUGCUGAGCCGAUGGAAAGAGCCGGAACUGAAGGGAUUUAGCGCGAGCUUUGGGGAUAUGUCUACGGGAUUUAGCGAAGGCGCCAAGCUCCCUGUCUCCAUCUGCCUUACGCGUCAGCCUACAGGCUUUUAUGCGAUCGACGCGGACAAAGUGACCGAUGGGGACAUUGAUAACAACAAUUAUGUGCUCACGUCACUAGGCAAGAGUCUGGAGAAAUUUUUAACGGCAGCACCAGACGAAUACGCCAAGUACGAGCGUGUCAACAGCUGGAAACUUGACAAGGAAGCGCGCGAGCGAAAAGAAGCCUACCACUACGCCAAGACGUCCAAGCUGCUCAUGCGCUCGCAACUCGACUGCCAAGAUUUGCGGUUGCCGCGCAAGACAUUUGACUUGAAGACACGCGCGGUCGUUUCCGUGCGACACGAUCGUGCAAAUUAUGUCGAAGCAGGCGGCUACCAGAUCGAUCAUGUGAAUGGACUUUGGGAAUCGUUCGAGCGCGAAUAUUGGGAUAUGGCACGCGCAGCGUUCCUCAAGUACAAUUUCCAGGCGCGAAUUGGUCAUAUGGACGGCAUUUUUGUUGCGUACCACAACACCGCGCAGAUAUUUGGCUUCCAAUACAUCAGCCUGGACGAAAUGAACAAGGCGCUGUUUGGGAGCACCGAGAUGGGUGAUAUGGCGUACCGGCUAUGCCUCGGCCUGCUCGAGCAGAUCCUGGACAAGGCCACGGAAACCUUCCCUGAUGAAUCGCUGCACAUUUCGCUUGAGACGCGGUUUGGUACAGGGACCAUGCAUGUGAUAGUGCAGGGCGCAGAGAGCAAAAAAAUUACACAGCUGGACGUUUCGAUGGACAGGUAUUUAAACGACGCGCUGGUUCGUGGGCCUGUGGAUGCCACUGCACUGUACGGUCCACUCAGCGAAGCACAACUCGAGGAUAUGCGCUGCGGUCGCACCAAGUUACCGGGCAAAAAAGGUUUGUCGUGGCACGUAGAGUAUGCCAUCGCGCCUCGGCACGACCUCACUGAAGACCAAAUCCGCAAACAUUUGGGCGAAAUUCGCAGGCGGCAGCAAGCACUUCAAGUCAUGUGCCAACCGAAUGUCGACUUGCUGAACGCGCGCGAAGAGCAUCGUGUGAAUGUGUUGGCGAAGCGAUCCAAGUCUCUCGGCCGUUUUUUGCACGAGCGCGAAAAUGGCAUUGCGGUCGGCAUGCCUCUUGCACCGGGCCAGCUCUCUACGCGCGAACUUGUGAAGAAAAAAGCGCCGUCUGUGGCGAACAGUAUUCCCCAGCCACCCAACCAUGGCGACCAGCAGAUCAAAUGGCAACGUAUGCCCGAUGUAACGACACGCAAGCUGCGUGACUUGAGCCGGCAUGGACGUGAGCGCGCAGAGGCAAGAGAGGCAAACGACCCUCUCAAACUGUAUGAUACUACGUAG